GCCUGACGGCUCUCACUCUUCCUGGGGUUCGGAGGUCGAGUCUGGGCGCCCAUCUCGUCCUCUGCGGCCAGGGCUUCUCGGCCUCAGGCACGUGGAUGUCAUGUGGCCUGUGCUUUGGACCGUGGUGCGUACUUAUGCUCCCUAUGUCACGUUUCCCGUGGCCUUCGUGGUCGGGGCUGUGGGCUACCACCUGGAAUGGUUCAUCAGAGGAAAGGAUCCCCAGCCUGUGGAGGAAGAGAAGAGCAUCUCAGAGCGUCGGGAGGACCGAAAGCUGGAUGAGCUGCUAGGCAAGGACCACACCCAGGUGGUGAGCCUUAAGGACAAGCUGGAAUUUGCCCCUAAAGCUGUCCUGAACAGAAACCGCCCGGAGAAGAAUUAAUAGCUAGAGGACACAAGGCCAUAUGGGUCCUUCUGUAGGCUGUGAUGUCCUGCCAUCAUGUUGACCCAGCUCCAGAACCCACAUCUGAUUUGCACUGUUGUUUAUUCUGGCCCCUUUGGCACCACCCAGCCACACAUAUACUGGGUGCUCUUCUGCAGUCAGGCAGACAGACACUAGCAGCUGAGGGGCCAGUGAAGAGGAAGGCCCUGGAGGGUUCUGGCCUGCACGCUGCAUCUGUUGUAUGGUGGUCACAACUGCCCAGGCUUCUGGGCACACUGCUGGAAGUAGUGUUAUGAAAUGAACGUCGGCUCAGUCUCUGCAGGGAGGCAGUUUGGUCUCAAGCCAAAGUGCAUGCGAUUGGGGUAUUGCCUUAAGAGAGAUACCACAUACCGAGUUCCCAUUUGCAUGGGAAGAAUUCAGAAAUCUACCUGGUUCCCUUGCUCGUUUGCUCUGCCCUUUGUGCUUACUCUUCCUGAAAUCCUGCCUGUCCUCCCAGCUCAGGAAGUGGGUAAUCCCUGGGGAAGGAGAGCAUUUUUUUCUGUUCUUGGUAGCCCAGGCUGUUUGCCUCGGGGCAGGUGAAUUUGCUCGAAAAUAAUCACCAUCGUUCACCUCCCAGCCCCCCAUCACUGUAUAGUGCAAAACUUUAUUAAAGUGGCAUCUGAGAACCAUAUUGAUCUAAUUCUAUCUUCCAGAUGGUGUUUGGGGUCUCCUUAGGAGGUAGGCAAGUGCAGGCAUUCACUUGGGUAGGAUAACAUUUGGCCUUCAACUAGGGACUCCAGGGUCCUGGAUGCUUUGUUUUACUAGUGUGGUUGCCUUGGGCCCUGGGCGUGGUGAGUCCUGGAGGCCUAGGUUCCCAGAAGCUUUUCUGUCAUGAGAAUAAGGCUCUUGGACCUUUCAGAAUCUAAAUUAGAGUAGACCAAGGAGCUUAACAGUUGCUAUCAAAUUUUCCAAUUUCACACACACUCUUUCCCCUAUAAAAGUAAUAUAUGUAAUAUAUGUACUCAAAAGAACAUUUGGCAGGG